AUCAAGCAAAUCGAAUCGAAGUAUGCUGCCCUUAAGCAGAAGCAACUGGAACAGAAAUCGGACGUUGUAGAUGCCAAGUUCCAGAUUGUAGAGUCCAAGUUUGCGGCACUCAAGCAGAAGCAAGAACAGCUGCUACACGAACAGCACACUCAAGUGACUACUACUUCCGGUGCACAACAGCUAUCCCAGCAGUCCAGCGCCGUUCAACAGAUUGAGGCCAAGUAUGCGGCUCAGAAGCAGGAGUCGCGCCAAGAGAGUGUUGUAGCCCAGAGCAGUGAGUCCGUGUCGAAGAUUCAGCAAAUCGAAUCCAAGUACGCAGCGCGCAAAUCCUCCCUCAGUGGUCCAUCAACGGAUGAACCGGUGACCGUGGUACAGCAGAUUGAAGUGAAGCAGGCUGCCAAUCAGCAACAGCAGACGGUUGUGUCGGCUGCUAGCGAAAAGUCCGAGGAACCGUUGUCAAAGCUUCAACAGCUUGAGUCUAAAUAUACGGCACACAUCCAGCAUGCAAAGGAGUUGGUAAAGGAAACAGCAGAGCUCACGCAAACGAACGUCGAGCAGAAAUCGGAUGCACCGGAAUCACCUUCUACCGAAUCGCUGUCCAAGAUUCAACAAAUUGAAUCCAAAUACGCCGCCCUGAAGGCUCGCCAGCAGCAGCAGCUGCAAGAAAUCAAGGCAGCAGAGGUGAAAACAGGGACAUCCGCAGUGGUAGAACAGUCGACGACCAAACAGGAGCAAACGGAUUCGGAGGAACCGCAAUCUAAGAUCGCUCAGAUUGAGGCAAAGUAUGCGCUUCGUAGGCAGCAAUCGCAUAGUGUCGAUGAAACGGUGAAAGCUGCUGCUACCGAAUCCAAGCUUCCGGUUCCAACGAAGAAGGAAGAAAAGGUAUCCCAAACGGUUUCCAAUAAGGGCGAAACAGUGCAAUCCACGGAACAGUUAUCCAAGGCGGUCGAGGUUAAGGUCGUUGAAACUAAAAAGGUUGCAGAAACAACCAAAACAUCGCAAGCUCAAGAUGUUAAAGUGGAAAAGGUGAAAUCGGCUGAAAAGAAGAUCCCAGAGCCUAUCAAACUACCCGAACCAGCGACAGCCAACGAGAAGGGUCCUGACUCACCCAAAAAAUCCAAGAGACCAAAGUCUCCAAAAUCACCAUCACCGAAAAAAUCGGUCGAACCGUUCAAGGCCAAACCGCAAGAAUCUAAAAAGACCGAAGAAGCGAAGCCUGUUACUAUCAAGCCUGUCGAAGCCGCGAAACCGGAGGCAACUCAGCCUGCCAAACAAGCUGAACAGUCGAAGCCCGUUAUUCCAGCGAAGGUUGCUGAACCUGCUAAACCCACCGAGCAGCCAAAGCCCGCUUCACCUGCGAAGGUUGCUGAGCCUGCUAAACCUGUUGAGCAACCUAAGGCUGUCGUACCAACUAAAGCAGCUGAACAGCCGAAACCAGCUGAGCAGCCGAAGCCCGCCGUUCAAGCGAAGGCAGUUGAAACUCCUAAACCAACUGAGCAACCAAAACCUGCUACGCCGACGAAGGUUGCUGAGCCUACAAAGCCCGCCGAACAAUCUAAGGCUUCGGUGCCAACCAAACCAGCUGAGCAGCCGAAGUCCGCUAUCCCUAGCAAGGUAGCAGAACCAGUAAAACAAACUGAGCAACCGAAGCCAGCUGUCGCUAAGCCAGCUGAGCAGCCGAAACCUGCGGUAGCAACGAAAGUUGCCGAACCAGCUAAGCCAGUUGAGCAGCCGAAGCCCGCUGUACAAGUGAAGACUGUUGAAACUCCUAAACAAACUGAACAACCAAAGCCUGCUACGCCUACGAAGGCUGCCGAGCCGGCAAAGCCAGCCGAACAACCUAAGGCUUCCGUGCCAACUAAACCAGCUGAGCAGCAACAAUCCGCUGUACCAGCAAAGGCUGUUGAGCCUGCUAAGCCAGCCGAGCAACCAAAACCAGCAACGCCAACGAAGGUUCCUGAGCCUGCUAAACCAGCCGAGCAACCAAAGCCUGCUACGCCAGCAAAGGUUGCCGAGCCAGCAAAGCCAGUCGAGCAACCAAAGCCAGCAACGCCGACGAAGGUUUCUGAACCGGCAAAGUUAGCAGAACAAGCCAAGACUGUCGUACCAACUAAACCUGUUGAGCAGCCAAAGCCUGCUACGCCUAGCAAGGUUGUUGAGCCAGCAACCAAACCAACAGAGCAGCCAAAGCCUGCUACACCACCGAAGCCGGCUGAACCCGCAAAACCAGCUGAACAGACCAAGGCAACCGUUGCACCAAAAUCUGAGCCAGCCAAGGUAGAAACCCCUGCUAAGCGACCUACUUCUCCCAAGAAGGCACCGUCACCUAAGAAGACCACCCCACCGAAGGUAGAGGAACCCAAGAAGGUUCCGGAAAAGGUGGAAGCGACAGCUAAAGCUCCUUCCGAGCCACCGAAGAAGCCAUUAGAACAGGUAAAAACCCCAGAGCCGGUGUCAAAGCCCGCGGAACCAACAAAGUCCGUCGAGAAGAAAACGGAAA